CUCUUCAGGGGUUUAAUUAAAAUAAAAAAAAUAUUCUCAGGAAGAAGAUCGAACUAUGCGCUUUGCUUCCACAGGUAAUGAAAAAGUUCUCAUGGAUUUAAGGUGUUUCAUGAGAGGUAAAUCAUACGACGAUCAAGAUUCUUUAUCUCAGUUAAAAGUACUUGAUGAUAUUAUCAUUGACAUAUACCCUCUUGUUAAGAAGUUUGAUGAUAGUUGCUCUCAAAAAUUUACCUCUGAAUAAUUUUUUUGAUAUCUCUUCCAAUUACGUUCAUUAUUUUAGACCACCAUUGGUCAUGAAAAGCGAGUUUUUUAUUUUGUUGUUAUAAUACUUUCAAACUCGAUAUUCAUCAUUUCGAAUAUCUUUUUCAUGAUUAAAUUAAUGAUGAUCAUUCCCUUUAGAUCUUUAUUAAUUUUUUUAGUAAUAAUUUUACCGAUAAAUUCAAAUAUUUCCAGUACUUUCUGUCUAUUUUUUUAUAGUCAAUUGACACUUUUUGGUAACGGUAAAUAUAACUUUCAUAAUAUGAAAUUUUUUAACGUAAACAGACUUCCUCACAAAUGUAUACAUAUUCUCAUGAAAAUCAAUAAAUUCUGUUUCUGGUUCACAUUGACCACAUUUUACCUUCUUCGUCUUUUUUUAUUUUCACAUUUGGACAACAUUUUUCAAUUUCAGCAACUCUUUUCUUUUAUCUGUUUAUCACAGAAUGGGCAUAUUAAUUCAUCCAAUUCAUUCUUUAUUAUUACAUGUGAUAUUUUUAAAAAAAAAUGUUACCAUCCCGUAUUUCAGGGAAAACUCUCGUUUCCAUAAGAAUUCACAUGGCGUGACUUUACCACACACUAUAUUUUUCACCUGGCGAUAUCAUCCAUUGUCCACCAGCAUAUAA